GUAUCUUGUAAAAAACAAGAAAAAACAAGGGCGAAAAAAAAGGAAGAUAAAUAUAAAUAAAUAAAGCUGUUAAUAAAGUUUUCAGAUGACACAAGAUUCAGUGGUAUCUUCCGUUUUUUUCGCUUUUGUUUUUCUUUUCUUUCCUUUAUUUUUUCCUUCAAGUUUUUAUGGAAUGGUGAGAAUGUGAGGUAUUUGAAGGAGGAGAGAGAAAAAAGAGAGAUGUUGGCAGUAGUCGGAGGAGAAGGUGCGAUAAUGGAGCAGGAAUUUGAUUCGAAGUUGAGGAUUCAAGAUGAAUCAUCCGAUAAUGGCGGCCGAGGCGGUGGCGGAGGUGGUCUUGGCGGUGUUCAAAGAGGUAAAAGCUUUCAAUUUAGGGCUCCUCAGGAGAAUUUCACCGUCGAAGAUUUUGAAUUAGGGAAGAUCUAUGGUGUUGGUUCAUAUUCUAAGGUGGUGCGGGCAAGGAAGAAAGAUACAGGGGUUAUCUAUGCCUUGAAGAUUAUGGAUAAGAAGUUCAUCACUAAGGAAAAUAAAACUUCUUAUGUGAAGUUGGAAAGAAUAGUUCUUGAUCAAUUAGAUCAUCCUGGCAUUGUGCGACUGUUCUUUACUUUUCAGGAUACCUUUUCUUUAUAUAUGGCUCUUGAAUCAUGUGAAGGUGGGGAGCUUUUUGACCAGAUAACCAGGAAAGGUCGUUUGUCCGAGGAUGAAGCUCGCUUUUAUGCUGCAGAAGUUGUGGACGCACUGGAGUAUAUACAUGGUUUGGGUUUGAUACAUCGUGACAUUAAGCCAGAGAACUUGCUGCUUACCUCAGAUGGUCAUAUCAAGAUUGCUGAUUUUGGCAGUGUGAAACCUAUGCAAGAUAGCAGCAUAACCGUCCUUCCAAACGCUGCAUCAGAUGACAAAGCUUGCACUUUUGUGGGAACGGCUGCAUAUGUUCCUCCAGAAGUCCUAAAUUCUUCACCUGCAACAUUUGGAAACGAUCUUUGGGCGCUUGGUUGCACCUUGUAUCAGAUGCUUUCAGGGACAUCUCCAUUCAAAGAUGCAAGUGAGUGGUUGAUUUUCCAAAAAAUUAUCGCAAGAGACCUUAAGCUUCCAGAUUAUUUUUCAGAGGAGGCAAAGGACCUCAUUGAUCGUUUAUUGUCCAUAGAUCCUAGCAAAAGACCUGGUGCUGGACCUGAGGGAUAUGCUGCAUUAAAAAAUCAUCCUUUUUUCCGUGGAGUUGACUGGGCUAACUUGAGAGACAUUCCCUCUCCAAAACUUGUCAGGGAACCUAUGGGUAAUUAUGGUGGUGCCGACAAUUCACAAGAUCCUUGGAAUUGCACACAUAUUGGAGAUAGUGCUGUAAAGCAAAUUGAUGUGAAUAGUGGUACCUCAUCAUUUACCGAAGGAGCGGGUCACGUAACAAGGCUUGCAUCAAUUGACUCUUUCGAUUCAAAAUGGCAACAAUUCUUGGAACUUGGUGAAUCUGUUCUCAUGAUCUCUAUGGUGAAGAAAAUGCAGAAGUUGUCUAGCAAGAAGGUGCAGCUUAUUCUUACCAACAAACCAAAGUUGAUCUACGUGGACCCGUCAAAACUGGUAGUGAAGGGGAACAUAAUUUGGUCUGAUAAUCAGAAUGAUCUAAAUGUCCAAGUCUCUAGUCCUUCUCACUUUAAGAUAUGCACUCCCAAGAAGGUUAUGUCAUUUGAAGAUCCCAAGCAGAGAGCGUGGCAAUGGAAGAAAGCCAUUGAAGGACUUCAGAGCCGUUGAAUUUUUUUUUUUUUUUUUUAAAUACAGCGAUACUUUUUUGUUACUUCUGAAUAUAGUGUAAUUCACAGAAAUCUGGGGACUUCAUGAAAGAUUUUAGUUGAAUAGAAAGUUAUCACAUUGCAAGAUCUGGCAGUCUCAAGGCAUUAUGCCGAUGCCAGAUCUCACCAAUAUAUUUUUUUUGCUUUCGAGGCA